ACUGUCCCUCACUUUAGCUUUUUAUUUCAAAUCCAACAUUACUUUAUGUGUCUUCCUGACCAAAACCAACCCCACUUUCUCUCUCUCUCUCUCUCUCUCUCCCUCUCUCCCUCUCUCUUCUCUUCUUCUCCGUUCAUGGACAUGCCCGACACACAACAACACCACUCUCAUCUUCAUCUUCAGUCUAAGUUUCAGUCUGAAUCUUCUUCAAACAAUUCAAAACGCCGAAAACACCGACAAGAACAAGAACAUGUUCUGAUCGCAGGUCUUCCCGACCACAUAGCCCAAUUGUGUCUUUCCUCUGUAAACCCUUCUCUUCUCUUCUCCAUUUCUCACUCAUGGCGUCGUUUGAUAUAUUCUCCUUCUUUUCCUCCCUUCUUUUCUCUCUACGCGAUUCUCUCACCUUCCAAGUCCCAUUCUUUCAUCGAAUUCCACACCUUUGACCCCAUAUCCCACACCUGGCGCAUCCUUCCUCGCCACCCGCAUCUCCAUCACCUCCUCCUCCGCCACCCCUCCUUCCUCUCCCGCAAUCUCUCCGUCCAGUCCGUCAGCGCCGCCGGCCGUCUUAUCCUCCUCGCCGCCACAACGCACAAUCUCUCCCCCGCCCUGCCACGACCCCUCAUAUUCCACCCCCUCUCCGGCACCUGGUCAUUCGGGCCCAUGCUCGCCGCGCCGCGCCGCUGGUGCGCGCUCGGCGUGCUCGGGCCCGCCGUCUACGUCGCCAGUGGCAUCGGCGCCCACUUCUCCAUCCACGUGGCUCGCUCCCUCGAGAAAUGGGACGUCCGAAGCCCUAACGGUGAUGUCUGGGAGAAGAAGACGGAUCUGAAGGACGGCCGCUUCAGCAGAGAGGCCAUCGACGCCGUCGGAUGGCGGCAGAAGCUCUGCAUGGUGAACGUGAAAGGCGACGCCGCGAAGGAAGGCGCCGUGUACGACGUGGCAGAGGACGCCUGGAAGGACAUGCCGGAGGGGAUGCUCUACGGCUGGAGAGGACCCGUGGCCGCCAUGGAAGAAGAAGUCAUGUACGUCGUGGACGAAGCCAAGGGAGUGCUCAGAAGAUACCUGGCGGAAGAAGACGCCUGGGAAGAGAUUCUCGAGAAUAAAAGACUUAAAGGCGCCGAACAACUCGCGGCAGAAAAGGGAAAACUUUGUGUCGUUUCAACUUCCGGGAUCUCCGUGGUGGAUGUCGCCGUAUCGCCGCCGCGGAUCAUACCCGUUCUGCUGCCGGAAGGGUUUGAGCCGGUGGCGGUCCACGUCCUUCCGCGUACGCCGGUCGGUCACUGAUUGAGAUUUUUUUUAUCUGAAAAGAGUAUCUUUCUCCUUAGAUUCAAAAUGACUUGACAUGUUUAAGAUGCAGAUGAUUUUAAGUUUU